CUCUUUCCCAAGUUCCAAUCCGAACCCUUGCGUUUCUUUUUGGCCAGCCAGCCUGAGCCUCGUGAAAGGAAAAGGAAAAAGGAACGAUAGAUAGAAUAGAAUAGCCAAUAGGUGGAGGUGGCAGUGGCAGUGGCAGUGGCAGUGGCAGUAUGCUGAGGAAACGGGAAUUAAUUCCUCCCUCAACGCGAAUUGAUUGUUACCGUUAUCUAAUCCAAAUUCCAGGGUAGGAAUAAUCCGUUACCGAGAGAUGAUAAUUUGGCAAAAGCGGUAAAUGCCGGUGAAGCUGCAUUUCCAAGUCCUGAUUGCAUUCCCGCACUGGCAUCUGAUUCCAUUUCCAUCCCAUUCACCAUGUCCACCACGCCUAUUUAAUCGCUGCACGAUGCGAAUUCCCAAGAGGCACCUAUCCUUUUCUCUCUCCAACUUCUCUCCUCAGCUCGCACCUCUUUUCUCUCCUCGCCUUCGCUUCGCUUCUGGAAUCUGCGCCAAACGUCCUCGCUCACUCGCCAACGCCACGUCACCAGGAGCUAAUCCGUUGCAUUCUCAAUAUUCAAUGGAGGGGAACCAUGAAAGUGGUGUACAUGAUUCAGGAUUGGUGGGUUUGCCUGGCGGUGAUGACAGCAAACAGCCAUGUGUAUGGUCAUCUCCUGAACAUGGAUUUAAAACUGAAAUAGGCAAGCAUAUAUUUUGUAAUCGGUCACUGAAUAUGAAGAACAUUGUUGCUGUGGGAUUUGACAUGGACUAUACUCUGGCACAGUACAAGCCUGAAACUUUUGAAUCUCUCGCUUAUCGUGGCACAAUUAAAAAGCUGGUUUAUGAUUUGGGAUAUCCUCGUGAGUUACUAAAUUGGUGUUUUAACUGGAAGUACAUGGUUAGGGGUUUGGUUCUUGACAAAAAAAGAGGCAACAUACUGAAGAUGGAUCGCCACAAGUAUGUGAAAGUUGCCUAUCAUGGAUUCAGAGAGUUAUCAAAAGAAGAAAAAGUUGGGACCUAUGGAAAUACUUUAGUACGUGAUUCUUUUGAUGAACCAGACUAUGCUCUAAUCGAUACACUAUUUUCCCUCGCGGAGGCAUACUUGUUUGCUCAACUGGUUGAUUAUAAGGAUUGUAAUCCUGGCAAGAUUCAGGAGGGUGUUGAUUAUGCUCGCAUGUACAAAGAUGUUCGGGCUGCUGUUGAUUUGUGCCACCGUGAUGGAACAUUGAAGCAAAUGGUUGCUAAAGAACCAAAAAGAUAUAUUAAUGAAGACUCCUCGAUAGUGCCCAUGCUUCGAAUGAUCAGAGACUCUGGACGUGCAACAUUUUUAGUGACAAAUAGUUUAUGGGACUAUACAAACAUUGUCAUGAAUUUCCUCUGCGGAUCCAGUAUGGCAGAUGACAGUAACAAUUUUAGCUGGCUUCAGUACUUUGAUGUUGUUAUCACUGGCAGUGCAAAGCCAGGAUUUUUUCACGAGGAAAAUCGUGCCAACUUAUUUGAGGUUGUGCCUGAGACUGGAAUGCUACUUAAUACAGAUAAUGGCUCUCCUAUGCCUCAGGUGGGUAAUACCUCAGCAAGGUUAUUCAUAGAGGCAAAGAAUCAUGCUUGUCCAGUUUUUCAGGGAGGCAAUGUUGCUCAUCUGCAUAAACUUCUUUCCAUUGAAUCAAGUUCGCAGGUUCUCUAUGUUGGGGAUCACAUUUAUGGAGAUAUACUACGCAGCAAAAAGGUUCUUGGAUGGAGAACAAUGCUUGUAAUCCCAGAGCUUGAGAAGGAGGUAAAACUCCUCUGGGAAUCUAGGAUUACCCGCAAGGAACUUCAAUUCUUGAGGAGUGAGCGUGAUCGCAUUGAGGAUGAAAUACAUCAUUUGAAGUGGUCUCUCAAAUUUAAGAAUCCAGAUGCUGAUUCCAAGCAGAAGUUAUCUUCAGAACUUGAUAAAUUGGAGCUUGAAAGAGAGAGAGUGCGAUUUAGUCAUCAAGAAGCUCAGAGAAAAUUACAUCAAAGGUUUCACGAGCCAUGGGGACAGCUUAUGAAAACUGGUUAUCAGAAUUCUCGCUUUGCUCAUCAGGUUGAGAGAUUUGCUUGCCUUUAUACUAGCCAAGUAUCUAACUUGGCCUUGUACUCACCAGACAAGUAUUACAGGCCCAGUGAAGAUUUCAUGCAGCAUGAAUUUGGCAUUUUGGCUUGUGAGACGCCAGACAUUUAAGUUGAGAAAUUUGGUUGUAGUUUGGGUUUGGAAAGUGAAUUCUGUUCUGUCCCGUGUUCAAUGUUCCUGGUUGUCAUCUCCCUUCUCUGUUUUAUUGGACUUAGCUCGGUUUAGAAAUUCAAACUGCUCUAUUAUUUUGACCCCUUCCAAAAGCUCUAUAUGGUUUUUUAAACGUCUGCUACAAAGUGUAAAUACUUAUAUACCUUAUUAUUUUAACAUUUGCUACAGUGAUUAAAAAUUAAACAAUAUACUACUGUA